GUGCUUUGUGAAUGUGACAGAUAUGUUGGGUUUUUGAAAGAGACGUGGUUUUAAUGAAAAAAUGUGAAAGGAACAUAAACUUAAUAACCAUAGCAACGUUAUUGCCAAGUUUCUUUACUAUGCUGAGGAACUAAAGAUGUUUUAAAUUUAUUUUUAUAUUUUUUAGGUUGGAUGAUUUAUCCCAUUCCCGUGCUGGUUUGUUUUUGUCGCUCGCGAAGGACUGACUUCCUCGUAAUGUCAAAAAAGGGAGUACCAGCCUCUCAGUGAUAGGAUUUAGAAAAGAAACAGCAGUUGCUUGAACUUGCUAGUGGACACCAGGCGUAAAUCUCGCCUGCGGCUUUUCGAGGCAUCUCAGCAGUCGGUGACAAGUAGCAGGAAGAGAAAAGCUGCCGAGGGGACGGCCUGCAGUGGAGUAAACUGUGUGAUGUUUACGGCUGUCGCCCGGGGAUGGGUGCAACCAGCCACUGGGGCUGCGGAUAUAAUCGGGAGGGAAGCACCAGCUACGGACGGCUUUACUGGCACCGAGGCCUCCCCUGAACGCGGCCGCCUGACUGUACAAGCCUAACGGACUUGAAGCAUGUCGAGGGGAGUUCGCUGAGCCACCCACGCUCCAGGAAUCCACGCCAACACCUUGUGCGCAUUGUUUACAUCUGAACACCAUUAUACCUGCUGAAGCCUUCGUCCCGGUACUUGAGGGAUUUGGGGCGCGAGGUCACGUGCGCCCAGUAGGGGCGGGGGUUUCCACACGUGCUCUAAACAACCCAUCAACAAGGAGAGUGGGUGAGAAGAGGGCAAGGAGCACUUCGCAGGAGAGUCACACACUGAAGAGGACACGUGCAUCCGCUACUGUCUUACCGGUAGCUGUGGAUUUAAAACAAAAUACAGCAUCAUUUUAUUUACAAGCGAAAAUUAAAACUUGUCUUUUUUCCCUAUGGAGACAGAUUUGUUUACUGAGGAUGACAGGCGUUUUUAUACAAGUAUAGCUUAACCAUGUGAGGAGAACAAGGACGUUGUCAUACCUACAUUAGAGGUAUUCUGCGUUUUUUUCCAGUUUACAUUUCACUCGUGAUGUUCUUGCCUUCUGGUGUUUCAGCAGUGGACAUCAAAUCAGGAACGACAAUGACUGUGUUUAAUGCAUUUAAUUUUGUGUUCGGUUUUGUAAAAGGUGCAUCGCGUCAAACAUUUCAGUAAAGUGACUUUCUAAAAAUUAUGUAAUUUCGGUCUUAUGCAAGACUGGUCAUUUUAACAAAAUAUAGUCUAUAAUACAUGUAAAUGAAGACACCGUCUAAGGCAGAGUCCUGCACGUCACUACUUUUGUAUUUACAAAAAUCUUCGUAACCUGCAUUGGGAUCCUCAGUUUAUAUUCCAAGAUAUUUCACCUUGGAUUAUCCUUGUUCAUUGUGAAUGACAAGCAUAGAUCUUUAAUUGGUGUUUUUGCAGAAGACGUUUGCAGAUUAAUUAUUUAUUUUUCUAAUAAAAAGUGAACACAUGGAAAGAUGAUGGAGCUACUGGUGCACUUUCAUGUUUCAUCUACAGGAAUAAAAAUCGGACAUUACCCGACUUUUUAGCAGGAUUGUUGGAUUCUCCCCCAGAUAUUGAAUAUGCAAAGAAGGAUUUACUUCUUCCUGAAUACUAUCCACUAUUAAGAUGAUGCUGCAUUAAUUAUCCAAAGUCGACAUUGCGAAUAAAUUGAAUAACUUGCCAAAUUUCAUUCAGUCUGUUAGAUGAACGAUGUACUGUUAACACAAGUUGCAUUUUAGUUAAUUAAUAACUAUCGUCAAAAGGCACAUUAUUUUUAAUUUGAAUUCCAAAAGGGCGAACUUCUUUUGAUUCAUUACUUUGCUGUAUGUGAAAAGACUGUCAGUGAAUUUACACAAGGUUUUCGUAUUUUAAGGUUUAAAAGCACAUUUGUCCAAAGGAAAAAAAUACAAGCUUUUCAUAAAUGGUGAUUAACUUCGUGAUAACCGAUUUCACCACCCAGGUUCUUAUCAUUGUCAUCUGAUAUUUACAGUACAGUUCAAUAGCAAAUUUUUCCUCAGAACAUGCUUGUAAUGGGCAAGUUUGUUUCUCAGCCAUAAUUUUUGAGGAACCUUUAAUUGUGGAAUGUGAUUAACGUUAUUCAAAAAGUCAAAAAUAAAAUGUAAAACAGGUAUCACAAAGUUGUUACUUUUACAUUUUUAUGAAGAAAGAAGUUGUUGGUGACAUUUAAAGUUUAUACACUUUUCUUAACAUGAAAUACAUUUAAAGUAUGUAUAAAGACUUAGCAUUUUACAAUUCAGUUCCCAUUUUAGUCUGACCAGUUAUUUCAUUCAUAUUGCACUUAAUGAGCAGUGGAAGAGCUUACAUGGAAACAAAAGAAGGAAAUCUGUCUUUGACAGCUUUUUUUGUAAUUUUUGUUUUUAGACAUCCUGUUUUUUAAUUAUUUUUCUUACUUUUUGAAAGCAAGCUCUGUUUAAUUGAACUAAAUCCGUGGAUAAUAUCGUUUUUCACACUUUGCAAGAGCCUUCAGUGAACAUCUAAUCAUUUUGAAAAAAAUGGAGAUUGUUGGAGAUUUUGAAUAUAGUAGAAAAGAUCUUGUGGGCCAUGGAGCUUUUGCAGUGGUGUUCAAAGGGAGACACAGAAAGAAAACUGAUUGGGAAGUGGCAAUCAAAAGCAUCAACAAGAAAAAUCUAUCAAAGUCACAGAUUCUUUUGGGCAAAGAAAUUAAAAUUUUGAAGGAGCUGCAGCAUGAAAAUAUUGUGGCUUUAUAUGAUGUGCAGGAAACUCCAAACUUUGUCUUUUUGGUGAUGGAGUACUGCAAUGGGGGAGAUUUGGCCGAUUAUUUACAAGCGAAAGGCACUCUUCGUGAGGACACACUUCGUAUCUUCCUGCAGCAGAUUGCCGCAGCCAUGAGAGUGCUCAACAGUAAGGGCAUCAUCCACCGUGACCUCAAGCCUCAAAACAUUCUGCUGUCUUAUAUCGGAAAAAGGAAGUCAAGCAUCAAUGGCAUCCGAAUCAAAAUAGCGGACUUUGGUUUUGCUCGAUAUCUACAGAGUAACAUGAUGGCAGCUACCCUAUGUGGAUCUCCCAUGUACAUGGCUCCAGAGGUGAUCAUGUCACAGAACUAUGAUGCCAAAGCUGACUUGUGGAGUAUUGGGACAGUCAUUUACCAGUGUCUUGUUGGAAAGCCACCUUUCCAGGCAAAUAGUCCACAAGACUUGAGACUUUUUUAUGAGAAGAACAGGACACUGGUGCCUAUCAUCCCACGGGAGACAUCACCACAGCUGGGAGAUCUUCUAACAGGACUCCUUCAGAGAAAUCAGAAGGACCGCAUGGACUUUGAUGCAUUUUUCAGCCAUCCUUUCCUCGAGCCAUUUUCAACCAUCAAAAAGUCUUGUCCUGUACCAGUGCCCAUGCCUGCUCCAAACUACCCUGGUUCAGUGUAUGACAGCACCUGCGGGAGCUCACCUUCUUGUCGUUUCGCUUCUCCACCUUCCCUACCAGAUAUGCAAACGCUACCUGAAGAUGGCCUCUCAUCUCCUCCACUUGGACCUCCUAAUUAUCUACAGCUCUCUAAGGAAUCAGGUGGCAGUGCUAGCAGCAAGAACUCCUCGUGUGACACAGAUGAUUUUGUUCUAGUUCCACAUAUCACCUCUGACCAGUCCUAUGACAUACCCAUUGUACCGACAGGAAGACGAGCUUCAAGUGAGUUUCUGCUCUGUGGCGGGCAACAGCACAAUCCACUGCCCAUGGUGUCCCCACGUAGCGAGACCACUCCAAUACCUGUACCAACCCAAAUCAGGAACUACCAACGUAUUGAACAGAAUCUGUCCUCCAGUCCCAACACUCUCCAGUAUGGUUCUCCCAGGGCAGGGAUGGUUCGCAGAUCCAACACAAGCCCCCUGGGAUUUACUAAAACUUCCUCUGCCUCUCCAUCCACUAAUGAAGUGGCACAGCCUGUGGGUCGAAGGUUGUCAACAGGUUCUUCCAGGCCUUAUUCUCCCUCACCACUUGUUGGAACUAUUCCAGAACAACUUGGCCACUGCUGCUGUGGACAUCCCCAGGGCCAUGAAUCCCGAAGCAGGAGCUCAUCUGGUGGCUCCCCAAUUCCUCCUUCCCAGCUUCUUGGUGCUCGACUCCAGAGUGCUCCCACACUGACUGAUGUCUACCAGAACAAACAGAAAUUGCGGAAGCAGCACUCAGACCCAGUGUAUCCUAGUGCAGUUCUGUAUCCUGGGAGUCAUGCAUCACAAAUGUGUCGGCCAGUCAGUUUGGGUACCUCACCGACUAAGCAUCUUGGCUCCUCUCCCCGCUCAUCUGAUUGGUUGCAGAAAACUCCCCUGCCCACCAUAAUUGGAUCACCAACAAAGACAAGUGCGCCUUUCAAGAUCCCUAAAACUCAAGCUUCUUGCAAUCUGCUUGCCCUGGUUGCACAGCAGGGACUGGUUGACAGUACAACUCCAAAUAAAGUGCUGAUGGAAACUCGGGAUUUCAGUGCCUAUUCUGGAGGACGACAGCAGAACUUUGAGCACAGCAAGACCACCUUUGGCAGAUCUGUCAGUACAGGAAGGCUUUCUGAGCAGCCAGUCAGGAUCACAUUAGGAGGACAGCCUUACCAAGGCAGCACAGACAGCUUAAAUACAGAAAGACCUAUGGAUACAGCACCUGCCAGUGCCUGUGGAAUGCCCAACUUGACAGGAGCAAGCCCUCGGACUGUACUGUUCACUGUAGGAUCACCUCCCAACAGUAUUACACCCCCCACAUGCAGCCACACGGGUGCUAGGCCUAGAACAACGUCAGUAGGAUCAAAUAGCUCAGCAGGCUCCUUGUGCUCUACAACUGGUCGUGUCUAUGUGGGUUCUCCACCUGGUGGUAUGGGUUCCUCCCCUCCAACUGCUGAGGCAGCGCCAAGUAGUCUCAGAUAUGUCCCAUAUGGAACCUCCCCCCCAAGUUUGGAGGGCUUUAUCACAUUUGAGGCCCCAGAACUACCUGAGGAGACGCUGAUGGAGCGGGAACACACAGAUACUUUGCUUCACCUUCGCAUGAUGUUGUCCUUCAGUGACUGUAUACUAGAAAUUGCAUCAGUGCGGGAAUGCAGCACAGAACUUGAUGCUUCUACUUCCACUUCUGUUUGCCCCUCACAAGACAGCGGGAUUGUAGAUCAGAUCAGUCAGCUCAGCAAGGAGUGGGGGCAAGUUGAACAGCUGGUCCUUUACAUGAAGGCUGCUCAGCUGCUUGCUGGCUCCCUGCACCUGGCCAAGGCUCAGAUCAAGUCAUGCAAACUGAAUCCCUCCAGUGCUGUCAAGCAAGUAGUGAAGAGCUUGAAUGAACGUUACAAGAGCUGCAUCUCACUUUGUCGACGUUUGACAGAAAAACUGAACAGAUUCUUUUCAGACAAACAACGCUUUGUGGAUGAGAUCAACAGUGUGACUGCUGAAAAGCUAAUUUAUAACUAUGCGGUUGAAAUGGUACAGUCUGCUGCCUUGGAUGAAAUGUUCCAGCAGACGGAGGACAUUGCCUUUCGUUACAACAAAGCCGCCAUGCUACUGGAAGGGUUGGCAAAGGUGUUGCAGGACCCAGCUGAUAUUGAGAAUGUUACUAAGUACAAGGCCAGUGUGGAGCGCCGGCUUGCCGCCCUUUGCCAGUGCGCAGUUACAUUGUUUGAGUAGACUGUCCAAUGACUGGACCAACACUUUCGGUAACCUGGGGACCACGUCCAUCUGAGGGGGAAGAAAAAAAACAGUAAUUCAGGAAAUUGCUUUUUUCUAGUUUAGCACUUUUUAUACGGAGAAUGGACCUGAAAGAUAUAUAAUAAAAGUAAAUCCCUCUGUAUUUUGCAAUCCCAGCAAUGACUGGAAAGGAUGGAGAGAAAGUGAGAGAGAGAGAGAAAAAGAGAGGAUGGGUUUAAAGUUGGUACCAAAGAAUUGUACAGAAGUGCUCUCUCUCAGUGCAGUGAGAAGGAACUUAAUGCUGGAACUGCAUUAAAAGAAACUUUUGAAUGGAUGUGAGGCAUGUAAUUUUAAGGACCAUGAUUAUGGACACCAAAAAAACAUAAAAUAUGUACAAAUGUUUGACAUUUAAAGUUUUUUUUUUUAAUUAUUAAUUUAUUCAUUGAAAUAAAGUGACUGUUUCUAAUCUAAUUUUCAAAUGUAACUAGCACACAAUUUUUCGUGUGCUUUUUUUUUUUUUAAUUUUAUUUUUAAUUGCCUGUCUUAAAAAGAGCAGCAUCAUGAAAAGUUAACUUUGUCAGGUGUACUCUGGAACAGACAACAGCAAAGCUAGCUGGACUGUAGUUGAUCUUUCAUCAUUUUUUUUUCCUCAUUUAACAAAAGCACUUUAACAUUUAAAUGUUUAGCCUUCAAACCCAUCUGUUGUGAAAUGACAAAAUGGCACAUGGAAGAAAAACUAACACAUGAUGAACUGAGCUGCUGGCAGGGUGCUAAACAUGACUACAUCCACUUCCACCCAUGAGAAAGUGUCCCCCAUGCAGCUCAAUCUUCAACCAGCUACAUAUUCCUAUGGAUUGCACUACUGCCACCUGUGCAGACUUUGUACUGUAAUACUGAUUGCCUGAUUUACUGGAUUAACAAUGACGCUGAGCCACGGAGAUUACAAAUUAAAAAUAAAAAUCCAAUUAAAGAUGGCAAAAUUAAACUGUAAAUCCCAGCCCUCUUGAUAUGGAGCACAGAUACGUGGUUGCCGUGUGAGGGGUGUGUUAGCAAGUCUUUCUGUGCAUUUCUUACCUGUUGGAACUACUAGAGUAGAUAGUUCUUGUAAUCUGUCAGUUUCAUAACAAUCUGUUUUUUCUUCAGUUUUAUAUAAUGGAAGAUGCUGAUUGUUUGCAGAGUUUAUUUCAUUCUAUACUGCUUUGCUAAAUGCACUUUUUUUCGAUUUGGCUGAUAUUUUUAGUAUAACUGUCAAAAGUUUUAUGCAUAUAUUCAUUUUAACAGUGUUGAGCACUAAUCUAUGAGAAAACAAUUGGAAAAAAAUUAUAUUUCCAUGAAAGAUGGGUUUAAAACCCUGACUAAUGAAUUAAUGGAUACUUAAUUAAUGGGUACUUAACUGGUUGGUAGCAACAUUUCUGUGCGUUAUAAUCAUUUUAUAUACUGUAUGUUCAAGAAUAACGCUUAUUUACCUUCUCCCUGAAAGGAAUACACCAUUUAGCCUAUUUUACAGUAAAUAAUGUAAUUUUCAUGCUGUAUAAAAUACAGUGUAAUCAUUUUAUGAUCCUGUAGUUUUCACUUAGUUGUAAAGUUUUUACAGUAAGUAUUGCCAAAGCUCUAAAUCUAACAGGGAUAUUUUUAUUGAAAUGCAAGGUCGUCCAAAAAGAAGACCUUUAACAGUGUUGAAACUCUUAAAUACUGAAUUUCCCCUAGAAGAAGACACCUGCCUGUGAUGUAAGUAAAGAUGUUUAGUCCUCCUUUCCUUAAUAGACAGGCUGGAUGACACAUAGCAGGAAGGCCUUUGUGGUCUUUUUCACCUAUGAGGUAUAGCCAGUAGGUGUUUUUUUCUAAACUUCAGCUAAAUCUUUUUAAAUGUAAAAAUCUUAUGCUCAACACUACAAUAGAACUCUGUACUGUAUUUUCAGAAUGUGAAAAACCUGUAUCUAUGUGUUUUUGCACUUUCCAUUCUUCUGGUAGAACAGAGAAAUCUGAAAGCUUCCCUAAAUGAGGUAGUUGUAGUCUGCUGCGCUGGGUGAAUUGUUCUGUGCAUUAUUUAAUUAAAUAGAGCGGUUAUCACUUCUACUUAAAUAAAGAUUGCCAAUAGAAGAGCUUUAUUAACUACACAAGGUCCACCUCAGCUCCGUUAGAGCAUAGAAAAGAUAAGAUUCUGUUGGGUUGUAUACAUUCUUAAUUUCAAAUUUAUGAGGAUUUAUGAAGAGUAAGAUUAGAAGAGAGUUGGCACCAAAUAGCUUUUAUCUGAAAACUUUACCCACUUGAAUCAAAUGUGUUUUGUUCUAAGUAAUUUAUAAGCUCGAUUUAUAAACUUCCUGUCAAUCCUUUGAACUUUUCUCUGCAACAGAGUGUAAAAGGUAAGGAUUAAAGCCAUUGUUAGAGUUCCCUAAUUGUCUUAAUAUGAUCAGUAUGGUCACUUGACGCAGCUUAAGCCAACUUCUUUAGGCUUAUAAAAUCAUCAUUGUCAAAGAGUUAUAAGGGUCCAUCAUUCUGCAAAUAGAUACUCUUAUUUUUGUAAUAUACACACCAGCCACUUUGGAUGAAGUGAUUUCACUGGCAGUAAUGGGAAUUACAUAUGGUCAGUUAUAGGUGAUGCCAUUCUAAGUAGCAGACAGGAUGAACAUCCAGGGAUAAACUAAAAGGUUAAAAAAAAAAAGAUAAUUGAAAGUUCUCUCUGGUGAAAAGCAGGCCCUAACGAGGAGUUACUUCCUGAUUCUUCAUUCUUUUACUUGUGCCCUAAUUUUUGUUUCAGUUUUCCACUAGCUGGGAAUAUUAAGCUUUCCUUUGAUUCAUCUCCAUGACUAAUCAGGAGGCAUGUGAAAAAUGUCUUAUAUGGUAUAUGAAAUUUAAUAAUAUUUUAAAGAUUGUUUCCUUUUCUAGACAUCUAAUAUAUAUAUAUAUAUAUAUAUAUAUAUAUAUAUAUAUAUAUAUAUAUAUUAAGUAGAGAGACUUUAAAGGUUUGCUGUAAAUACCAGCAAGUCAACUUGUUUACUUCACAAUUUAGCAGACUUGAACUACACGGCUAGCAGUUCAACUGUUUUUUGGCAUCCUUUGUGUUAGUCAAGGCCUGCCAACUAAAGUUUUUUUCUUUAACAUAUUACUGCUUUCUAAGAGACAAGGUUCAAACCAUUUAUACAGAAUUUCCAUAUUUCUUAAUUUCUUUGUAUAUUGGCAGCAUAGUGAGAGAUUAUUUGCUUCCCAGUGCGUGGGCCUAAAAUUUACAUAACAGCUUCCCUCCCAAUGCCAUGUGUAGUCUCCAUACUGUACCUGUAUUUGUGGGGGGUUUCUCCCCAAUUCUUUACUUUUCAUAUCUAAUCCCAAGUGUACAAUGUUGUUUUCUAAGGGGGACCCAAUAAGCAGAGAAGAGGAAGUACUUAGGGGUUAAUCCAGCCUUAAGCUUGUCAUUGCUAGGAUGGACUCCACAGGUCUAAAAAAAUAUCUUGGAUUAACAGGUUAGCAAGGUAAGCUGCAGUAUAUCAAAAUGAAAAGAUCCCAAAAAUAGUAAUUCUUCAUUUAUUAUACAGAAAAGGUUAUCUGAGGAAAGGCACACAGUGUAUGGGAGUUCAUUUAUCUCCAUUUUAAAAAUCUGUUUAAAAAAAAAA